AUGUCCGAGAAUGUAAAAUAUUAUUACGAUAUAGUAACGAGCAAAUUAUAUUUUUUUGAUAUUCUGAGUGUUCAAUGGAAAGAAUAUAAUGAAGAUAAUUUUAACGAUGAAUAUGCACAAGGUAAUAAAACAACCAAGGAUAAUGAGAAAGAUGGUGUUGAUAAAUAUUCAUUCUACAACACCAGAAAUGUGCAACAGAAAAUUAAAAAGGGAUAUAAAGAAAUACCUCAUAAAAAAAAAGAUUCUAACAAUCAAUUGUAUGAAUUAACUAAUAAUGUUUCUAAUAAAAUUAUGAGAGGUGGUAAUAAUCUUAUAAAGAAAUUAAAAGAAUCACUUAAUAUUUCUGAUCCAUCAAAUUCACAAAAAGAUUCCUCAUAUGUAAAUGAACAAAGUCAAAAGGUAAUUAAAGAAACAAAUGAUCAUAUUUAUCCUUCUCAAGGUGAUAUAAGAAAUUAUAAUAAUGAAAACAAGGUAGAAUAUGAUGACUCAUUAUAUAAUUAUUAUGAGGAGGAGGAAGAAGAAGAAGAAGAUAAGGAUAAUGAAGAAGAAUUUAUUAAUAAUAAUAAUAGUAAAACGAAAGAAGAAGAUGGAGAAUAUCAAAAUAAUGUUAAUAAUAAUGAUAAUCAUACUUAUGAUUAUAAUAAUAUAUCAAAUAGUUAUACAGAUGAAUAUGAACAAUACAAUGAUAAUGUAUAUAAUGAAUCUGGAAAUUAUGAAAUAAACGAUAAAAAUUAUUAUGAUGAAAAUAUGAAUUAUUACGAAGACCCUGAGCAUUAUGAUACAGAUGAUAAAAACGAUUAUGAAGAAAAUGGAUAUUAUUAUGAACAGGACAUGAAACAUUAUAAUAAAGAAAAUAAUUAUGAAUACGACGAAACAGAAAAAUAUAAUAAUAAUAAUAAUAAUAAUAAUGAUAAUAUCCCUUCAAGUAAUAAGGGUAAACAAUCCGAUUCUAAGGAUAAACAAAAUAGCAAAGAAAUUUUUUAUAAUUAUGAAAAACAACAUUUAGAAAGUACUACUCCAUAUGAUAAGAUUUAUUUAAAUGAAAAAAAAGAAGAUACAUAUGGUUAUUCACCAGUAAUAGAAAAUAAUGAAGAAUAUAUAAAAGAUACAGAAGAUGAGGAAAAUAAAAAUAUAUUAAAAGAACAUAAUGAUAGUAAACUUCUUAAAAAAUUAAAUAAGGAAGAAGUAAAAAAAAAAAAUUCUGCAUAUUCACGUUAUUCUAGUCAUAGUUCAUGUGGUUCAAAUAAAUUAAGUGAACGUAUAAAUAGUCUAAUAAAUCAAUCAUAUAGUAUUCAUUCACUUACACCUCAACAUCGUAGUUAUAUGACAAAGAGUAGCUAUUAUCAUAGUAAUCAUUAUUAUAGUAAUAAUUCUUUAUCAAAAAGAGGUAGUUCCAAUUUAAUAGACAAUUUAUUAAGUCAUAGUGGAACAAAAUCAGACAAUUUUCAGUCUUUCAACGAUACAGAAAAUAACGAUGGAAAAGAUAAUAAUACAGAAGAAGGAAUAAUGCAUAAGAAAACUUCAAAAGUUAAUUUUGAAGAAGUAAAUGAUUCAAAAGAACAAAACAUUGAUCAAGAUAAAAAAGUAUAUAAGGAAAAUGAAGAAUCUAACGUAAAUAAUGAAACUAAUGAUACAUCUGAAAUACCAUUUGUACGUAGAGCAACCAGAACACUUACUUUUAAAAACCAAGGGGGGUUAACUGGAUGCUUAAAAACAGUUCAUAAGAAAAAACAAGAAUUAAUGUCAUCGUCACCAAAUGGUGUUAGCGAUAUAGAUAUAAAAAUUGCAAACCUUAAAAGAAGAGCAAGGGAAUUAGCUCAAAGAUAUAAAUCCAAAGAAUAUUCAAAUCAUGAUCAAGAAAAAACUAAAAAUAUGAAAACAAAAUUUGAAGAAAUAGUUUAUCAAGCACAAAAGCAAAAAAGAGAAUUGCAGCAAGUGCAAAAUACAUCAUGUGAUUAA